AUUAUAAGUAAUUAAUAAUAACUUUGUUUUUUGUAGUUGGUAAUGUUUAAAUUAAUGGAAGAAUAUGACUUCUGAUUGGCAUUUCACAUAUUAAACCCUAAGUACAUUGUCAAAGUCAUAGAGGUACAUAACAUGUCUGACAUCUUUAUUAAAUUUUGUAUUGCAUUUUGGGCUUGAGUUUCAAAUCUUCCUUAAAAACUAAUUGUCAACCUGGUCUGCAAAAUGAAUCGAUUUGCAUGGGUCGAUCCUCAAAACGCCAACAAGUUGGUCAAUUCUUCAGACGUGGUGGCAAAGCAGGCAACCGUUCGCCUCUAUGAUGGCGAGGAGAAGACCCCUUUUGAUAGCGGAACGCUCUAUCUGUUCAACACGCAGCUGAUUUGGAUUGACGAUCAAGAUUCGACCUGCAUUAUGAGCCUCCAUCUUUCUUUGAUCGUGUUGACCGAAGAGCACCGUACUGGUUCCGGUCGUAGUCCAAAAGUUGUAUUGUAUUUAAAUGCGCCGUUCGCCAACGUUCAGCCGGUGCAGGUCAGCGAUGUGGACUUCGUUAAGCUGUCUUUUCGCAAUGGAGGCAUGGUGGAGUUUUCUCGGCGGCUUUCGGAUCAGAUUUCACGAAAGCGAUGGGAUACAGUUGAUUCUCCCGCCCACACGGCAGUCCCGCGUCGCGAAAUUCGCACCGGUAUUGCGGGGAUUGAACGCAAUAUCCAAGCGCAACAGACUUCGGCUUCCAUGCAUAUUAGCAAAGCUUUCGAAGACCUGAACAGCCUGAUGAAGAUGGCCAAAGAGACUGUGGGGUUGUCGAAGAGCAUAGUUGCGAAAGUGAAGAAUCGUCAGGGUGAAAUAACGGACGACGAAACCACGCAGUUGAAAUCGUAUUUGCUCAGUCUGGGUGUGGAUGAUCCCGUAACGCGGGAUGUGUGCGGAAAUGACAACGUGUAUCACCAGAAAUUGGCUAAGGAAGUUUCGCAGCUUAUGACCAAACCGCUCGAGGAAAGUGGAGGUUUGAUGACCUUGACGGACGUUUAUUGUCGUGUGAACAGAGCGCGCGGAUUUGAACUGGUUUCACCAGAAGAUUUGCUGCGUGCAUGCCGACAGAUGAAAAAUCUGGGACUUCCUACAGAAUUACGAGUAUUUGAUACGGGUGUUAUCGCACUGGAACUGCGCACGAUCUCCGAGGCUGUACUAGUUGAACGUACGAAAGAAGCUUUAAAUAAGGCGCCGAUGACGGCGGAAAUGUUUGCUAAAGCUCUUGGAGUAUCUGUCGUUCUGGCGAAAGAAAUGUUGUUUCUGACGGAGAAGCGAGGCUUUGCAUGCCGUGACGAAUCGAUGGAAGGUUUACGGUUUUAUCCCAACCGGUUCGUUGAACCGUAGUUAUUUUCGAUUAUUCCAGUCCGGAUAUUUGUAUGAUGUACGAAACAUCUCGAAUUUUCCACAUGCUUUUUUGAAUAUUUUUUAACUGUUAUCCGCUUAUUGUAACGUUGUGGGUUUCGAAUAUUUUAUGCCUUCGGAGUCUUGGACCCGUGUAGAAUUCUAAAUUUUGAUUUUACUAUUGUGAAUGUACGGUAAACUGAUAGUCGUUAGUUUUGGAUUUAACAUGCACAAGUUUCAGUGAAAAUAAUUACAAGGCUACAAGCCCACGAAGGCGGAAAAUGAAACG